AUGUCACAGAGCUCCGCUCAGAUUCGUAAGCAGCUUGUAAAUCUGGAGAGAGAUGAGAGAGCCUUACAACGACUUCAUGUCAAUUUUACAGGAUUAGCGCGAGCCGUACAAUUAGAAUCGAUACGUUUGGAUGCACUGAAGAGUAAAAUUCAGUCUUCACAACGUACAUUGAGUCCGAAUAUUUCUUCGGGACCAGAUUGCAGUUCAGUUAAAAUGUCGGAUUCUUGA